GCCCCGCCCAUUGCUGUCUGAGGUUAGGACAAAGAUGAGGGGCGGAACCGCGCGGGGGCGGGCUCCCGAGAACCAGACCCGGGAGUGGCUCCAGAAGCCGGGGGCCCUGCUCCCGACGCCCGGGGCGGUGGCCGCAGCUGGCCGGCUGCUUUGUGGCGCGCGCGGGUUCCACCGUGGGAGGUGCCCGGGGUUCGGGCACUUGGCCCGGCGGCGGCACUACAUGGCCAGCCGGGCUCAGUCCGGCUUCCCCGCACGCACGAACAGCCGCCUGGAUGCGUUCCUGAGGCGGCAUCUGCCACCCCAGGUCUACGAUGCCAUCCGCGCCUACGAGCCGUGCAUCGUGGUGUCAGACUCGGAGAGGCACACCCUCAAGUACGUGGUGCUCAGCGACCGGCUCAUCUACUUGACCGAGAACCCGCCCAAAUCCAUCCGGCGGGUCGUGGCGCUGCGGGACGUCGUGGCCAUUGACUUGGUUGAUGAUUACCCAGAGUUUUUGAAUUCACCAGAUAGAGAAAUCAACCAACACAUUCGUAUCAUCUAUACAACUGUUUUGAAAAAAGAGUGUGCAAAAUCAAAAGGUGUCAGGAAAUUCAUAAUUCCAUUUCAUCAUGCCAAUGCCAAUAACAAAAAAGUCAAGGAAGAGAAUAAUGGCCUUAUAUUUUGGAGAAGCCAAAAAUGUAGAAGUCUGAAUGAAUCCUCUCUCAGGUACCAUCAAGAGAGCAGCACACCAUCCAAGGACUCAACUCAGUGUUCACCUUCAGACCUCAAGAAGCCGUCCUUUCAUGGCCAAGGUGCCUUUCGACCCUUACCUGUACCCCCCAGGAAGACCUGUCAGUCCACCCCAGCUACUGGCAAGGCUGUUGGCUUGACAUCUUGCACAACAAAUAUAAAAGAAUUCCAGGGACUUCCAGAUCACAAAAACUCUUCAAGUGAAUUCCUUUUCAAGUGCCUUAGUAACAAAAAUGAGUUUCAUUCAGGAAAUUCCCUCCUAGGUUCCCAUUUACAGAGCAAUUCAAACCUAGAGAAAAAGGAGUUGGAACUUCAUUUGUAUGUUAUUUCCACAACCUCAUCAAUAUUUCUGCACUUAAAAAGUUCGUGGAACAAUUACAUCAUAAAAGCUACUCUUUUACAAGAUCCCUUAUAUGCUAGUGAGCUCAGAAGUCAAAAGCCAUACAGAUCUGAGGAGAAAAUUAAGCACUUCAGUCAACUUAAAUCUGAACUCUUUCUUAAAGACAAUACUUUGAGGAAGAUACUUUGUUUAAUUACGGAACUUAAAGUGGCAGCCCAGAAAAAUUUCAUUCUGAAAAGACUUUUCUGGAAAACCAGUGACCUUUUCUACUUCCUAGUGAACAAACUUCAUGAGUACUUACCAGAGUCUAAGGAUAAGAAUGCACUUCAAAAUAAAAGCCAAAGGGUUGAUGAGCUGGUGACAUGCAUUGAAAUUAUACAGACCUUAGGACUGAUGUUCAGAGAAACAGAAAUUGAGUCAUCACGCCUGAACACAUUGGCAGCUAAGAAGGGAACACUAUUUAAUCUCUUGGUAAUUUUAAUUAGCAAGCCUCAGAUUCCAAAAUCUUGUCCUGUAUUUGAUAUCCAAUUGGUGGCUGAUUCAACUUUAGCUGAAAUGUCUUUUGAUGCUAAGUUACAGAAGCUUAUCCUGGAAUACACAGAUACAGCAACAGCACUUUUAUAUGAGAUACUUCUUGUCUUUCAGCAGGGAAACCUUGGAUUGGGCUCUACAAAGUUUGCUAUUAGCUGGAUGAUGUCCUUUCUACAAAGUUGUCCUCCAAUAGUUACCUUUGUGGCCGGUAUUGUGAAGCAAGUAGUGAAGGGGCUUUCAGUUUCAUUGCAGCUGCUGAGUCCUUGUCAAGCAGUUCUGUUGUAUCAGCAGUUUUACAUUCUCAAGAGCUGCCUACAGUACAGCAAGACCCUAGCUGAGUAUAUCAGGAAUGACUACAGUGAAGAAUUCAGGUACUUCAUUCAUAUGCCAGCCUUGGAAAAGAGGCUCCCAUUGUGUUACCCUAUUACUCAGCCAACCACUCAACUUUUUCAUGAAGUUCUGAAAUUGGUUGAAAAGAAACAAUGUGUAAAAUGUUAAUAAGAAUAUAAAAUGUUAAUUGGGAGUGGAUAUCUAUGAGAAACAUUUUUAUUUAUUUAUUUCAUCUUACUAUUCUUGAGUCCCAUAAACAAAGAUUUUAUCUAAAUGUUAUAUCAAUACCUAAGAGGUCCUGAGGUUUAUCUGUUAGAAAAAUAAGAUAAAAAACUAAAAACUGUCUACACCCACUCUGACAUAAAUAAAAUGGUUCUUAAAACUAGUGUUUCUCCAAAAAGAGAAGUUUCUGAAGAUGUGAAAAACUACAAAGGGAACAGAAGCUCAGGGAGAAUAAUUGGUGUGGACCCAUUGAAAUUUAUAAUGAAAAACUGUAUAGAGUAUAAACUACAGAGUGAUCAUUAGAGAAAUGUUGAGCAAUAGGAUGACAUCCUCCUUUUCCACCUGUAAAAACUAGUGGGAAAAGUAUUUUUGGAAGAAUGAGCAGGAGAACACAGGCACAGCUGCACAGAAUAUAAGUCCCUCAUUUGUCAAGGGUAAAGAAGCAUGGACUUUCUUUAAUAAAACCAAAUGCAUUCUGCCAUUCUACUUUGGGUACGUUGGGUGAAUCUGAGCAGUCCCAUAGAGUGUCCAUGAAGAGAAAUUAUCCAUGAGCAAUAAUGGCUCUCCCACAACCAUUUUUAAAAAGGUCUUUGUUAUUCUUUUUUUGUGGUGCUGGGGAUUGAUCCCAGGGCCUUGUGCAUGCUAGGCAAACACACUACCAACUGAGCUAUGUCCCCAGCCCUCUUUAUUAUUCUUAUGGCUGUAAACUAAUCCAACAAAUACUUAACUUUGGUGUCAUUGUGAGCUAUGGAAUUUUGACUUCUAAGAACUUAGGAACUGGGCUCUCCAGUGAAUUUAUCAUGAUUUGAGGAAGGAUUAGAGACAAAUUCAGCUCCAAAGAGAGUUCCCAGUUGGGUGUGGUGGUGCUUACCUGUAAUCCCAGCAGUUUGAGAGGCUGAGGCAGGAGGCUCACUAGU